AUGCAACAAACGUUUGGAAUAGUGCCUCUUCAUACAAGAAACGAUAUACUGAAAAAGAUAUCGAAACUUGAAAUUAUCGCAGAAAGACGAUUUGAAUUAACAAUUGAGUCUGCAAGCAAAGUAUUAAACAAGAAGAUUAGAGAAGCAUAUACUGUAUUUGGUUUUAUUUUAGAAGGUUCAAAUGCAAUUGAAGAUUGGUUAAAUAUCAUUCAUGAUGCAUCACAAUCAAAAAGUUUAUAUCACGGAAGCUUGAACCCGGAUCAUGCACACACCGAAAUAGAAUGGUUCAAAAGUACUUUUGGCAAGGAUUCUGUUUCCUCUUCUUCAUCAUCCUCUUCUUCAAUCCCUGUAAAAGUUAUUAAUAGAAAGACCAUUUCCUCCUCCUCCUCCAAAAAGCCCACUACCACUACAACAACAAAGAAAUCAACUGUUUCAGGAACAUCACCCCAUCAAAGCAGAGUACGUGACACAGCAUCUUCAGCUGAUGGACCCCGUAAUUCCCUUCGCAAGCCUACUCCCAUUGUACGCACUAGUAAGACGCCCAAUAAUGUAAAGUCAACAACAACACCUCCCCCUUUGAAAUCAUCCCGUAUCACUCCACCCAGUACAAAACCACCUGUAAAGAGAUCCGAGAUCGUCGGAAGGUCCGAUUUAGCAGCUGGAAGAGCCGAGUCUAGAAGAUCCAGCUUGGCUACGGCAACCACCACUAAAAAGCUAUCAACCACAGCAAAAGGGGGUGUUUCGAAAAACACACCUCCUACUUCUGUUAUUACAGGACGAACAAGAAAACCAAGUAAGCUCACAGAAAAGAGACCUCUUUCUCUUGCAAAACCCAAACCUGUGCAGAAGCCUGUGCAGAAGCCCGUACAAGAAGACGAGGCUAUUGUUGUUGAAAGCAUCACUAAACCGGUUGUCGAGCCUGUGAAUCCUGUCGAGUCUAUCGAGACUGUUGAGCCUAUUGAGACUGUAGAGUCUGUGGAUCCUGUAGAACUCACACAGCCCGAAAUCAUAGAAGAGGUGGAACCCGAAAUUGAGCAAGUACAGCCAGUAAUCGAGGAGGAGGAGACACAAACGAUAGAGACAAGCACGGAAGAAAAAGAGACAGAAGCCGAGAUAGCAGAACAUACGAUAGCAAAGGAGGAGGACGAGGUUGAAGAGGAGGAAGAAUGUCACAUUAUUUUAGCGCAACAGCCUGUGUCACAUCCUUCAACGAGUUCAAGUGCAGAUGAGCAUGAUGCAGAAGUAGCGGCUGCGAUUAAUAACGACCAUCAAAACCAUGUAAAGAUGGCAGCGAAUCUAUUCCAGAACAGCGGUCGUUCUUCAUCGUUCUCUCCCAGUUCUGUGUCAUCUUUACCUCGGCCAGAAACUCCCGAAGUGGAUCAAUUACGACUUCGAUUUGAAACAAUUAUUCAAACCUCGAGCCCGAAUACUCCCACAAGUGAAUUUCAGCCUUUCCCCAGAAGACCCUCUUCAAAAAUGUCACCCGAGUUUAUCUCACGUAUCAAGGAGAUGAAGCCAAAAGGUCCCGUUGGCACUAAAGUAAAGAGUAUGGUCGAACUCUUUAUGGAUGAGAAUCUCAAUAAGUGGGAAUUCUAA